UUAUCUCCCCAUUUGUCCCAACAUGAAAGGCAAGAAAGAUUUAUGCCGCAGACAAUGGAGGUAAAUUCUCAUUCCAGUUCCCUUCUUCAGAUGUUUGAUUUGGAAAGGAUUACAAAAACGGGGUGAAGAAGAGAUUGAUCAACACGAGAGAUUUGAUUGUUUUUGUUGUACGGCUGAGGGGUUCUUCCGAGUAUCAAUGGAAAAACACUGAUUGCUCAAACCAUGAGCUGGCGCCAUUUGUCUAAAGAUCUAAACACAGAGAAAAACUCCUGCAGCAAACUUUGCGAUAAAUAGGGCGAGACCAGAGAACACGUAGCGAUCAUAGCGCGCGGUGAGGUUGGACACUCACACGAAGUCGGUGACAGGCCACAACACAAGACACCUACAGGACACACGACAGUAUGGCAUCCCAGGCGAAGAGGGCUAUACUCAGUACCAAGGCGAAAGCAUUUUCCAUCGCAUCCCUAGUGGACCAAACAAACGGCAAAGAGCUAGAGUGCGGACAAGUCGAUGACAAAUCCGAGGAUGAAGGUCACACGGACAACGAAACUGACUGUAAAAGACGAAAGUUGGAGAACACUGCGGGUCGCUCCGCUAGCGAGCUGACACGGCCUGAGGCAGUUCUAGAGGGGCGAGAGCUAUGGCAGUGUUUCUACAGACUAGGCACAGAAAUGAUCAUUACGAAAAGCGGAAGACGAAUGUUUCCGCCACUGCGAGUCUCUUUUAUCGAUCUCGACCCACGUGACUCCUACGCGGUCAUGCUCGACAUAGUCCCUCUCGACAAUAAAAGGCACAGGUAUUCCUACACAGACUCGGCGUGGUUCGUGGCGGGCGAAGCUGAUCCUACCCCUCCCCGGAGAGUAUAUGUUCACCCGGAGUCACCUUUUAGUGGAGAGGAACUGGCGAGACAAGUUUUGUCCUUUGAGAGAGUCAAGCUCACAAAUAACCCAAAAGACGUUAACGGAAACAUUAUCCUCAACUCAAUGCACAAGUACCAACCGCGCGUGCACUUACUGAAGAACCCCGCUGACACAAACUACGAGGGACAGCUUGAGGAGGCUCAGACUUUCGUGUUCCCAGAAACAGCAUUCAUGGCGGUAACCGCUUACCAAAACCACCUGAUAACACGAUUGAAGAUAUACAGCAAUCCUUUCGCUAAGGGCUUCAGGGAUACAACAAGACUGCUACCCAGCUUUCAUGAAGACGGCUUCAUGUUACAAGCGGAUGAUUACUCCGGGAGCUGCGAUACCGGCCGGGAGGGACUGUGCAGCUGCCAGCUUCAAAUAGGUUGCUACCCUCAUCAUCCAACCGAGGCUGUUAGGGAUGCAUCAGCUGACUCAAGAUGGAGUUGCACUGACGAAUGCUGUACCGAGUAUCCAUGGCGACCGUCGCCAAGCAAUUUACGCGGGUAUACCCGCUCAAUGGACAUUUACUCGCGAGAGAGCGCCUCGCCUUAUGCUCUUGUCGGCUGUCCUAGCCUCUUUGCAGAAGAGCGGCAAAGAGAGUAUUAGCAGAGUAAGUGGCAAGAAACAGGUUGAUUCUUGGGAAAACGAUCACGGGUGGCAUAGCUGGCUGGGAAGGAUGGUCUUUGCACAGCUUUUAGUGGCCCCAGCUGGACUGAGCGCUCAGUAUGAUAUAUCAAGACUUGGGAUCCAAAGACUAGGCCAGUUUGCCAUAUUUAUUCAGACUAGAAUGCUUCGGUUGAUGUGCCACAAAAAAUGCUCGAGAGCCGUGUAAUUGUUGCCAAAGAAAGUAUUUCUAAGAGCUUCUUGGUGAAAACGUGUUGAUAUUGAAAUCCCGUAGAUGAUAGAACGAUUCUUUCCUGCAAUCAGGUUCUUCAGUUAGACAAUCAACUCAAACAGAAGUUAGGCAUGGUCUGUCAUAGUAUAGAUAAUGCGAAAAAAGUAGCUGAGCAUAAACAAAAUUUUCAAUAUAAUAUUUAUGUUUGUAUAAACCCAUUUCAAUUAAGGUUAUACCCGAGCAAAAUUUUCAAUAUAAUAUUUGUUUGUAUAAACCCAUUUCAAUUGAGGUUACACCCGAGAAGCAACCAUAAUUGAAAAAGGUGUUUAAUAUACUUUGAUGUGGAGCGGGUCAAACGUUUUGAGUGAGGGGUCUUUUUAAAAGAAUCCUACAAAUGCCUCGUGCAUCUCUUGUGGAAGGGGUAUUAGACUGACAUUAAGGACGCUGCACACGGACGGGAAAUUUGUGGGCACAUAUCCAAUAAAAUGCGAAAAUAUAUUUAAGAAUUUAAAAAUUAUUACGUAAAACACGACUACUUGGGUGCGUCGAAAAAUGAAACAAAAACAAUGCAGAUGUAUUACGGGUUAUAUUUAAUAAUUUUCCAUAUUACAAAGAUAAAAACACGGCAUAUUUAACAGGUAGUAGAGGAAAGUACAGUCAUUACAACAAGGCUAUAUCUAGACAGUAUAAGGGUCGCACUAUCCUCUCGACUAAACGUUAGCACAGGUUCUCAUUGUAAUCAUAUAACAUAUAUUCGUAAUGUCUACUUCUAAGAAGUAAUUACUAGAAGUAAUAAAUUCCAAGCCAUAAAGGAAUAUUCUCGAUUUCUCAAAUGCAAAAUAAAAUGAAAUAUCAUAAGUUUAAAUUCUACUUAAUCCUGCCGAUUUUCAAACGGAUUUGAGAAAUCGAUAAUCCCUUAUUUCUCAAUAAACCUUUGUUACAGUUACACUAUAAAUAAAUUAAAAUCAUCCUAGAGAAUA